AUGACUAAUCGGGUUGAGUAUGCUCAUUGGAAGUUAAAGCAAAUGUUGGGGAACAGUAUUGGUGACAUGGUCAAAUGUUGGGAGGCUAUGAAUGACAACUUAAAGUUACAACUGGGCAAAAUUAGAGCUUCUUUUCAAAAGAGUUAUUAUGAAGUUGAGCACGCCCACGUAAGUCUAUUUUACAAUAAUUUACGUGGUUCAGUGUCUCGAGAUGCAUUGAGACGCAUUGUUGAAGAGUUAAAAGAGUUGAUUAUGUUGGAACUAACAAGGAAAUAUGGCUUUGUACUCUUAUAA